AUGGAGAAACUGAUAAAGAAUCAAGAGAUGGUCAACAAGAAUUAUGAAGCUUCUAUAAGGAAUCUGGAAAGGCGAAUUGGGCAAUUGUCUAAGCAGUCAGCUGAAAGACCAAGCAACACAUUCCCAAGUGACACCAUUCCAAACCCCAAAGAGGAAUGCAAGGCAAUACAACUAAGGUGUGGAAGGACAUUGGAGAAUGACAAAGCUGACAGCAAGGAACAAACAGAGGUGGACAAGAAUGACAAGAAGAAUUUUAAGAAGGAGGAGGAACCACAAGACUCAAAGAAGGGAAAGCAAGUCUUAAAGGAACAACCACAAGAGCAAAGGAAGGAGAAACUAGAGAUCAACCUCCCACUUGCUGAGGCAUUAGAGCAAAUGCCACUAUAUGCGAAAUUCCUCAAGGAGCUCAUCAACAAGAAGAGAAGUUGGAAAGAAAAAGAAACUGUGAUCCUAAAUCAAGAGUGUAGUGCUGUGAUUCAAGAAGGCCUACCACCAAAACUCAAAGAUCCUGGGAAUUUCUUCAUACCAUGUACCAUUGGCAACAUGCCAAUUGAUAAGGUCUUGUGUGAUUUAGGCUCAAGCAUCAACUUGAUGCCACUAUCUAUGAUGAUAAGGCUAUCCAUAAAGGAGGUGAAGCCGACAAGAAUGUCGUUGCAACUAGCUGAUAGGUCACUCAUCAUAACCAAUGGAGUGGUAGAAAAUCUUCUAGUUAAGGUGGGCAAGUUCAUCUUCCCAGCAGAUUUUGUGAUUCUAGACUUAUAUGAAGAAGGAAGUGAUUUAAUCAUAUUGGGAAGGCCUUUUCUAGCCACAGCGAGAGCCAUCAUUGAUGUAGAAAAAGGAGAGAUGAUCUUCAGGGCACACAAUGAACAAAUAACUCUCAUUGUCUUCAAGGAAAUACAACCUCCUGCAGAAAAGAAAGACUGCAUGAAGAUUGAGGAGGAGGACUUAAAUUGGAAGAAGAAGCCAAAAGAACUAUCCCCAGGACUCAAUAAUUCACCCUUAAGAAAGAAGCUUGGGCCUAAAGAAAAGCAGAAGCAUUAG